AUGGCGGACACUGUCUCGAAGCAUCGAGCUGAGUUUGCCUUUGCUCAGCUUGAGAACGAGAGAUCUCUGACAUCUCUUCGUGACGAGCUAAGGGUAGCUCGUGGGAUUGCUGAUCGGUCUUGGGAUGAGAUAGCUGCUCUUCAGACCCUUGUUGAUGCCCACCAUCGGGAGCACAAGGCUCUCUGCGAGAUGCUUGAGCGCAAGGGCGUUCUUCAUCGGAAGAAGCAGCGUACUGAUGGUACAGCUUAA